AUGUGUGUUUCAACUCGAUUUCCAGAAGCUAUACCUUUAAGCAAUAUUAAGGCGAAAACUAUUGUUCAAGCGCUUACAAAAUUUUUUACUUUAUUUGGACUUCCAAAAUCCAUUCAGUCAGACCAAGGAUCGAAUUUUAUGUCGGGCUUAUUUCAGCAAGUAAUGCAGGAACUAGGCAUCAAACAGUUUAGAUCGAGCGCUUAUCAUCCAGAAAGUCAAGGAGCACUAGAGCGAUUUCACCAAACAUUGAAAAACAUGAUUCUGAUGUAUUGCCAGGACACUGAGAGAAGUUGGAACGAAGGAAUUCAUUUACUUUUAUUUGCUGCACGCGAUUCAGUUCAAGAAUCUUUAGGCUUUACUCUGCUUUACUCUGUUGAGCUUGUUUUCGGACAUACCGUUAGGGGACCACUCAAACUCCUGAAGGAGAAGUUGCUUGUCGACGACGACAGUUCUUUAAAUCUUUUAGAAUAUGUUUAA